AUGGCGCUAUCUCUAGUACGCUGGUGGCGAAGCGAGCCCGAUUGCGUCGCUCACUUUUCCUUUUACCACGCGGCAGACACUUUACCGCUCCAACCGUACUUCGCAUCCUCCUACUUCACGCUGGACACUGGGACCAGUAACCACUCAUUGGCCGACAUUGAUCGCCUCUUGCUGCUCGUUGAAAAGACGCCCCCACUGGGGGAGGACAAGUGGGACCGUCUGGCGCUGUUUUACAACGCUAAUAGACCUCGUGGAGCACCUGGGAGAGACUUUGAGAGCUUGUGA